UCAAUUUAACUACACUUUCGAGUCGAAGAAAACUUGUCAUUAGUACUUGUAAAACAUACUAACACACCAUGAACAUAUUAGCUUUUGUAAUAAUAGUUGGUUUCUUGCAUCUACUACUAGUGAAAAAUGUUAACAGCUGGAGUUGGGACUGGCUUACAAGGUGGUUUACUUCCGAAAGAAGGAAAAUAGAAAAAGAUAGUAAAAAAACACUACAAAUUCCAUUAUCAGUAUCGAAGAGUAUUAGCGAAGUAGCCGCAACUGGUGCAGUUUUCUUGAGAGACAGUGCCAAACUAAAUUGCCUAGGUCUACCAACUAAAUUAUUUGCAAAUACGAUAUAUAGCAGUGAUACCGAAGCUGAGGAUGUACGCUUUUAUUUUUUCUCUCAGAAGACACCCGGAUAUUCAGAUAUCAAAAUUGAAGAUGAUUUUACUUUAGAACAUGUUGAUUAUAGUGUCUAUCGUGAUACCAUAGUUUUGGUACAUGGAUUCAUGUCAAGUGGCAAAGAGCAGUGGCUGGUGGAUAUGAAGGACGCGUUUUUAAAAUACGACGAUGUAAACGUCAUUGUGGUAGAUUGGCACAAAGGCAGUAAUACAUGGAAUUACAUAGCGGCCACUGCGAAUACACAAAUUGUUGGACAGCAAAUAGCAAGUCUCUUUGCUCGCAUCAGACAAUUUCAAUUUGAUAAAAACGUUACAAAUGUAGCCGACUGGGGAAAAAUUCACUUCAUAGGUCAUAGUCUUGGCUCACAUAUCAGUGCACGCGCUGCAUAUGGAAUUCACGAAAGUCAGUGGAAUCGGCCAGAUCAACCUUCUAGAUCAGCUUGGAAUGUAAGCAGGAUUACUGGUUUAGAUCCUGCACAACCAUGCUUCGUUACCGCUGACGAAACUUUAAAGCUUGGCAAAGAUGACGCUGAAUAUGUUGACGUUAUCCACACUAAUGCUAGACAGCUCAUACACUUAGGACUAGGAUUACCCGAGCAGCUAGGGUUCGUAGAUUUUUAUCCUAAUGGGGGACAGAUCCAACCUGGUUGUUCAAAUGUAAAUGCAUCAUUCUGGGACUUUCUUUUACUUCCGAACAAAUUGGUAGAAGCCUCAAUAUGUAGCCAUGGAAGAUCGCAUAGCUUUCUUACGGAAUCUGUACUAAAUGCAGCUGCUGGUAAUUGCAGUUUUAUCGGUCAUAGGUGGGACCGUAAGUACGAACACGUAGAAAAACUUUUGGGAAGCAGCUGCACAGAAGAUAUUUGUCCAGAAAUGGGAAUUACGUCUAUUAUUUCUUUUCCACGAAACGGAGGUAUAUUUUUCGUACCGACAGGUGAUCUUGACCCUUUCUGCUCUGUGAAAGAAGAGCAGAAGAAGAUAAUAAAGAAACAACUAAAAAAUGAUAAAGCUCUAGAGAAAAGUUUGCUAACACGAUUUGGAGAUAAAGUAUUUGGAUAGUACACUAAUCAUAUUAUAUAAAUGUGAUAGAAAUGAAAAUGACAAGAAAAACAAUCAAUUUUAUAAUUAUCUAUAGCCAAUAUAUUGUUAAUACUAUUUUUUACAAACACAAAUAUCACUGAGUUUAUAUAA